CAUGAAUGUUUGUCUUUGUUCUAGACCCCACCUCCUCAUCAUCUUCUAACUCUGUCCUAUCUUCUUUCCGUUGUCUCCACUACUCUCUCUCUCUCUCUACUCGUUUAAAGUUGGCUGUAUGAAUGCAUAGUCAUAUUCCAUUUGGCGUCCGUUGUACCUUUUUCUUUGAAAACUGUAAACCAAAUAGAGAAAAGUGGCCUUUUCUUUGUAGUAGUUGAGUGGGAAGUGAAGAAUAUUUUUGUUCAAGAAAGAUGAGUGAGAACAUAGAUACAUCUCCAAAUGGGUUUUACAGAGCAACCCACUUGGAUUUUUUCAAGAAAUUCAAGCGUCUGAAGCCAUUAGAGCCUUCACCUAGUGUUCUUGUGUGUUUCUUUUUCAGUCUUUGCCUUAUACUCUGUUUGCUUUUGUUGGAUUACAGAACCGUCAAUCAUUUAAACGGAAAAUCGUUGUUAAUAACUUGGUUUAAGUUCAAUGAUUCUUCAUUGUUAAAAGAAAAAGUUGGGUUUCUUGAAGAAAGUGGUGGAGGGUGUGAUAUAUACGAGGGGAAUUGGGUGUGGGAUGAUGAAAACUAUCCACUUUAUCAAUCUAAAGACUGUAUGUUCUUGGAUGAGGGUUUUCGAUGUUCUGAAAAUGGGAGGCCUGAUAAUUUCUAUACCAAGUGGCGUUGGCAACCCAAAGAUUGCAACUUGCCCAGAUUUGAUGCAAAAGUUAUGCUGGAAAAGCUUCGAAACCAUCGGAUAGUGUUUGUGGGAGAUUCUAUAGGAAGAAACCAGUGGGAGUCCCUUCUUUGCAUGCUAUCUUCUGCUAUUACUGAUAAGGCUUCAAUUUAUGAAGUGAAUGGGAGCCCAAUCACAAAGCACUCAGGCUCUUUAAUUUUUAAAUUUAGGGACUUCAACUGCACAGUAGAGUAUUACAGAGUCCCGUUUCUAGUGUUACAAAGCCGCGCACCGGCUGGGAGUCCCAAAAAUGUGAAGAUGACAUUGAAAUUGGAUCGAAUGGAUUGGAGCUCUGCUAAGUGGAAGGAUGCAGAUCUGCUGGUUUUCAACAGUGGGCAUUGGUGGAAUUAUGAGAAGACCAUCAGAGAGGGUUGUUAUUUCCAAGAAGGGGAAGAGAUCAAGAUGAAGAUGAGCAUAGAAAAUGCAUUCCGAAGGUCAAUUACAACAUUGAUUGAUUGGAUAAGUCAUGAAAUAGACACGACAACGACCCAUGUCUUCUUCCGAAGUUAUUCUCCUGUACAUUUCAGAGGUGGGGAUUGGAAGACUGGUGGUAGCUGUCACCUACAGACACUACCUGACUUGAGCUCAUCAUCAUCCUCGACACAAGCUUCGAGUGAGUUUAAAACAGUCAUUGAUGUGUUGUCAGAACACGUGAAGACUGGGAAUAUGGAUCUAUUGAAUGUGACAGGUAUGACCUCGCAAAGAAAAGACGGUCAUUCUUCCUUGUAUUAUUUGGGGCCUAAAGUGGGACCAGCCCCCCUCCACCGACAAGACUGCAGUCAUUGGUGCCUGCCCGGUGUCCCGGAUUCAUGGAAUGAGCUUCUCCUUGCGGUCUUCCACAAACGAAAAUUUACUCGUGGACAAAAUUUGACAAUACCUUCUGCUUCUCCAACUUGAUAGGUUUAUGGCAUCUUUUUCAACUAAACCAGCAUUUACAUUAAGACACGGAAUAGUUGGCAGCACUUACGGAGUUAUGCAUUUGAUUUCUUCUUAACUUAGAAAAAUGAGAACCUGAAGCUGCUGCCCUGCGGACAUUCUUAUCAUUGACAUCAACCUAAUGAUUUCGACUUUUGACAUGACAAAGCAAUCCAAACCGGUCGGCCAAGGUACGUACACAUGAUCAAGGAAUUGACGAUGCAUAUAUUUUGAGUCAUCAAAAUGGAUGAUCACUUCGUCUCAUUUUGUUCUCGUCUAAGGUGGAUAUACUUGAAUAUGAAGUGCAAAUUACAGACAGAAACAAACAGUAUACUAGGUUUUUUGAUACUGUCAUUAGGCUGUUUCAUAAUUUUACAUAAUUUUUAUUUUUCGGUUUUGGUACAUAUGAAGAGAGUUGAAUGAGUAAACAAUAUUUUGUACAAACAAAAGAGAAAAUGUUAUUUAUGCUAUUAUGCUCCUUUUAGUUUUA